UCUGGAUUUCCCCCGGUACACUAGUCAAGUUGCAACGUUGUUCAAACACAGAAACUACUUGACCCCGCUUAAUAUGUACAUAGUAAUGUUAAUUAAUAAGUAACGCUUUGUCUGAGGGCCAAAAUAAUGAACCGUAGCCAUGGUGAGAGCUGGUAGGUAAAUGGUGACCCGGCCACCCGCCCCCCGCGGUCCACCCACCAACAAAGGUCGAGGUAAGCGAUGCUCAAAAGCCAUGUGUUCUGAUUUCUCAUGCCCAGUGUAACACACACCUUCACGCGGGACGGAGGAGCACCCGCUCAGUGCCAGCCCCGCUCGUCCCUCGCCCGCGCGUGGUGCACGCCGCAGUGCCAACACCCACGCCGCACUAGUGCCCGUGUUUGUGUGCUCCCUGACAGUGAUCCGCGAGUCUUGUGGUGGCGAACACGUGUCCAAGGAAAGAUAAGGGAACAGAAGUGAAAGAUUAUGGAAACUGAUGAUGAAGUCUUGAGUACAGGACUUGUAGCAGUGAACUACUUGUAGUGACACGCGUGAGGGCUGCCCACAGCUGAGUGACCUGAGGACUCUCCCCGGACUACAGGAGCCUUGCUCCGGAGUUUCUCCCGUGGGGAGUGGGCGAGAGGCGCGUCGCCUCUUAUCUUGGAACUUCUUUAUAAUCCCUGUAGUUUCUGCACUUCUGCAAAGAAAGGAUGCUGCCACAGGGCCUCCAGGAAACACUGCCGGAGUUCCCACUCUCCGCCGGCGCCACCUUCGGCUCUCUGGUCAUCGAUGAGACCUCCCCCACGCCGUACUCCGAUGCCACGCAGACUAAAAAACAUCCGCCCAACCACAUCAAGCGGCCCAUGAACGCCUUCAUGGUGUGGUCGCAGAUGGAACGGCGAGAGAUUGUCAAGUUUGCCCCCGACACCCACAACGCUGAGAUUUCCAAGCAGCUGGGUCGCCGAUGGAAGAUGCUGUCGGAGGAGCAGCGGCGACCGUACCGAGAUGAAGCUGAGCGCCUGAAGCAGCUGCACAUGCGCGAGUACCCUGACUACAAGUAUCGGCCGCGUAAGAAGUCGAAGGAUCCGCUGAAGGGCGUGUCGGAGCGGUGCGGCGGGAAGGUGGGUAAGGUGCACCAGAUGAACAGCCUUUGUAAGGAGUUUGCCAGUGGUAUCAAGCCGAAGGAUUGUCUCCUCAACAAUGCCAAACCAGGAGACCUCCAGGGUAUGGAAGAUCACGUGAGUUGGUCCCUGCCCCUCACCCCCACCUCCCCGCCACGCGUCCCCACCAGUCCCACCACCUCCGAUCUUCCAGACUCUCCGGAGAGCGCAUUCAGUUUCGACGACCACGCCUUCAUCAGGUCCUCGAUGGUCACCUUCCCUCCCACACCCAAGCAGAGUUACGGUGCGCCCACUGAAGGUCUUCCCCGCUCCUCUCCGGGCACCAACACAUCUUUCUCCUAUCACAACGCUGUUCCCUCUGCUCCCUCCCCCAGCAGGACAAGCAGCUGCCUCUAUAAUGUUCCCCAAAGACAUCCGCUCUACCAGCCAACGUUCUUCGCUGAACAAAAAUUGGCACACGCUUACUUAAAGCCCGAAGCGCUCAACCCAGCGGCGUACCUUAAACAAGAGCAGGAGCAGCUCCACCUACAGCAACAACACCAUCUCCAGCAGCAGCAGCAUAAGGCAAGCUUCCAUCAGCAUCAGCAGCAGCAUUCCUGUCUCUACUCGCCAGUUGGUUCACAAGUUGGUUCAUUCUUCGCUUCAGCUGUUGCAGCCCACCACCAUCACCACCAUCACCAUCAACAACAGCAGCAGCAGCAGCAGCAGCAGCAACACCAUCAUCACCAUCAACAACAACAGCAUCAACAUCCCCAGCAGCACCAUCACCACCACCAUCAUCAACAGCAGCAGCAGCAGCAGCAGCAGCAGCAGCAGCAACAACAACAACAACAACAACAACAACAACAACAACAACAACAACAACAACAACAGCAGCAGCAGCAGCAGCAGCAGCAGCAACAACAACAACAACAACAACAGCAACAACAACAACAGCAGGAACAACAGCAACAACAACAGCAGCAGCAACAGCAACAACAACAACGACAACAGCAACAACAGCCACAACAACAGCAACAACAACAACAACAACAACAACAACGACCUGCAAUGGCGACAGUCAAAGUGGAGGCCCAGGAAGCUCACCCGGCCACGCUUGAUGACCUCGACAAUAUCGGGGUCACGGAGUUGAUUCCCAUGACCUCCGACCUGAAGGUGGAGUUGGACUCGCUGGCUGACCUGGGCUAUGAGUCUGGAGGGUCAGGGGCGGGGGGCUGGGCUAACGUGUCCAUCACCUCCGCAAACUCGAACGUCCUUGCUGAUUUCGAGAUUAUGAAUGCAUGGAUCAACUCCUGAACGAGUGAUGGUGAGGUUCUACCUGUCUUUCAGAAACGCGUGUGCUCGAUCAGUGGUGCCUGGGAGGUGAGAGAAAGUGAGAGAGAAAGAGAGAAAACUGCUGUGUUCCCGACGCGUGAGUACGGUUGGUUAUUGCGAAGUCGUUAAUGGCGUGACUGAAACUUUCCUGUGCAUAUCCCGCUGCUGUGUCAUGACCGUCUAUGUACAGCUGUGUGUGUGCGUGUAUAUAAUUGUAAUGGAAUACACACGACGUCAUUGCCGGGUAUUCGUAUAGACUAGUUACCAGUUAGCCAGAUGUUGUGUGCUCGCCCAGUAUUUUAACUUCUCACUUGCACCAGAUCAACUCUAGUCACUCUGUUCUGCGAAUACGAGGAUUAUAAGAAAAAAAUCCGAAAAAAAAAUAAAAAGAAGCCACUGUGGCUGUUCCUAGACGGCUAUGCUCGUGUCACAGCAGAAAAUACAAUAGUAUCCCCAACGAAAUCUCAUGUACGGACGUCCACGGACACUAACAAUGAAUCAAAACAAAGGCCACGAACACGGGCGCUUCGUGGUCCCCGGACGAGUGUCGUUCGGUGUACAGUGACGAGCAGUGUCGCACCGGUCGGUUUCUCAGAACCCGGUGAACAUUUCCUUAGUUGUUACUACUGCCGACUGCCGAUGAACGGUUGAUCAAGACCUCUGGCUGGGUGGUGGUGAUGGUGGUGGUGGUGGUGGUGGUGGGAGUAGUGAGAGUAGUACUGGUGAGUGUGGUGGUGGUGGUGGUAGUGGUGGUGGUAGAGGGCUGAGAGGGGCGAGAGCCGACCUGCCUACGUGUUGGGUGAGUGACGCUGGGGAUAUCCAAGCUCACCACGCACGGCCACGCUGCCUGACCUGUCCUGGUGGGAUGCCAUGGCAAUAACACACACACACACACACACACACACACACACACACACACACACAGAAAGUAACACCACAACAUAACCAACACAUUUCAUCUUAAAAAAAAAAAAAAAAAAAAAUACAUGACAGGUGACGUGAGUGUCGCCCUCUUGUACCUGGCGGCGGCUUGGGUCGCGGCGCCGCACCCUCCUGACACCGCCACCAGCAACCUGACGAAGAGGGUGCGCGCCUGACGACAAGACCGCCGCUGUUCAUAAUGUUCCUCGGCUGUCGCGUCUUGGGGCUCUGUGAGGGAGGGCAGGGGCGUCAGGGGCUGAGUUUUUCGCCACUGCCGCCUCUUCUUCGCCUCGUCGCUAAAAGCACAGACUCCCAAGACACCUCCAGCCUCCCACGCGACGCUCUGGAAGCUUCCUGACGUAAACUGUGGAGUAUUAUAUUGUAAAAAAAGAAGAAAUAUAUAUUAUGUACCAUAGGAGUUCUUUUUUUUUAUGUUGUGUGCGUUAGUUUUUUCUUCAGACCGUGUAUUGCAGAUUUUUGUGGUAGACGACUAGAGAGUUAUACUUAGAGAAGAUGAAGUAUAGUUAAUAUAUAUGAAUGUUAUAUAAACAAAUUUAUUAGGAAGGGAAAGGUUAGGACGAGGCGCUCAAGUACACAACGAAGGGGAGGAGAAAGCUGGCUUUUUCUUGGUUCCUGCAGUACCACCACCCGGGGCUCUCUCUCUCUCUCUCUCUCUCUCUCUCUCUCUCUCUCUCUCUCUCUCUCUCUCUCUCUCUCUCAAUGUUAUCAGUUGAUAUUACUUUAUGUAUUUGCUUCCGGCGACAUUGUCUCAUUAUUUCUAAUGAUAUUAUUCAUUUUUUGUCUUUACAUUACGUGUUGCUCUUCUCUCUCUCUCUCUCUCUCUCUCUCUCUCUCUCUCUCUCUCUCUCUCUCUCUCUCUCUCUCUCUCUCUCUCUCUCUCUCUCUCUCUCUCUCUCUCUCGCCCUGUUUGUGUGUUUAUCGGUACGUCUUGUUGUGGCUCAAAUAUUUAUGCAAAACUUGUGUACAUAAGAUAUUUAUUAUUAGGAUUUUUCUUAAGCAUUUAUUUAGCUGCAAUUGACAACAUUUUAUACGUUUGCACCACCGAAAUAAAGUUACUGACUGAAGGAAU